AUCUCUAUGAAUUUAUUCAAACAAAAUUUACUUCGAGUUCCUAUUGGAUAAUUAUCGAUCAAAUCUUGCAAGAUAUCGCUCGAGGAAUGAUAUAUCUUCAUGAUCAUCAUAUUAUUCAAGGUGAUUUAAAAAGUCAUAAUAUUCUCCUAAGAGACGGUACACACGAAGCAGUCAUCUGUGAUUUUGGUAUUGCCAAACUAUUAGACAAUGAUAGUCAAGAAAAAAGACGUACUAAUACUACUAAAGGAACUAUUCGAUGGAUGGCACCUGAACUUUGUGCUCCACCACCAGAACCAUCAUCUUAUCUGUCAGAUGUCUGGAGUUAUGGUUGUAUUAUUUUAGAAAUUACCAGUGCUCGUGAACCUUGGAUCGAACAAUUUAAUGAUGAUAGUCUUCUCUUUCGAGCUCUUCAACGUAAAGAAAAUGCAUCAGUCUUUAAUAAUGUCUGUGGAAAUCAAUCAGGACCAUCGCAUUUAUGUCACUUACUAAUACAAUGUUGUUCAUGGUUGAAAACUGAUCGUCUUCAAUUCAUUGAUAUUCUUCAGAAAUUCACUACAGAAGACGAUCAGACCAUGUCUGUUGGCAGUCCUGUUACAAGUAAAGAAUCAUUUUUCGACAAAUAUGACGAUAUACCUAUUUUUGAUUACAAGAAAAAGAUCCAACCGCAAUUAGAAAAAACUUUAGAAGAUUCUGAUAAAUUAACCAAUCAUAAAGGACGUCUCACUGGAGAAGUUUAUACUAGUCGAGGUACAGCCAAUGGUCGACCUAUCUAUCAAGGUACGAAAGGUGGUCUAUACUAUUUAACGUCCACUGGUUCGAAAAUUUAUUUACAUAAAUAA